UAAUAUUUAUUACUUACCUAUUCAGUUAUUUAUAAAAAAAAAUAGUCGUGCAUUUGGAGUUUGGACUGUACCUAUAAUAUGCCUUAUUUGUAUAAUUAUUGUAUAACGUCAUAAUAUUAGUUCGUGCUGGGGCACAAAGUUAGUAGAUACUAGAUCUACAAUUUUUUAUAUGGACAAGACAUAACGAAAAUUGAAAUGUUAAACAUCUAAUUUAACCAAUAUAGAUUGUUUAUUCACGGUGCUACAGCAGUCUUAACACAUAGCAAGUACCUACCUAUGUAUAAAACACAAAAAAUGUUUUCAGUUUGUAUAAAGUCUAAUAGUUUUUUGAAGAAUUUUGCAAGCUUUAAAAGUAAAGUUCAGAUUAUUACAGAAAAUAAAACAUACUCAACGGUAUCCUACAUACAAGGACAAUCGCCAGAGAGUAAAAUAAGAGAGUAUUUCUAUUAUAUUGAUCAUCAAGGAAUGCUUUUUCUGGAUGAUAGCAAAAUGAAAAAUUUUACGUCAGCUUAUAAAGAAAUAGAUUUUUUGGUUUUUUUUUUCAAACGGUUAAAAUUAAACACAACUGAUCGAUAUAGAGAACACUUUCCAUGGAUAUCAUUAUGUGGUAGAGAACGGAAUUUUGUUAGAUGUGACGACUAUCCAAUUGUGUUCAACCAAGUAAUCAAAGGUGAUGAUGGCAAUCUCUUAUUUUGUCAUAACCAUGCAGGUCCAAAGUUGACAGUUCCAUUUCAACCUGAUAAACUUUGGAUGGAUGUUGAAAACGGUAGAGUGUACCAUCCAGCCAAUGAGCAACAUGGUUCAAUAGGACUAGUAUCAUCUAAAACAGCUAUUGAAUUCAGUAAAAUGUUUUUAUACAGCGAUACAGAUAACUAUGUGCCUACACACUUUUUGUGGAAUGGUAAAAAGUAUGUUCUAGACUCAGAUUGGUUCAAACAUUUAAUCCCCAAAUGAGUAAAAUUCAAGUUGUUAUACGAAUAGAGUUCAUCUUAAAAAUAUAUAUAUAUAUAUAUAAGUAAUCAAAAUGGUUACAUUAUUAUAGUUGAUCUGUACAUUUUGUUAUUUUGUUAUUCUGUUACUAUAGUUUUUUUUUCUGCAAUAACAAUAGCCAAAUAGUGUAAGAGAUACUAUAAUAACUCUGUAAAAGUUGGACUACAGUACAAAUAAUGUACAACCAUAUUAAUAUAAUAAUUGUAUUAUAUUUUUCAUCAUAUAAGGCUUAAUAUUUUACAUAAUAUGUUAUAUUUUAUAUUAUAAUAAUUAAAAGGUUUGAUUCUUUUAGUUCA